GAACAAGUCAACACUCGCCGUAGUCUGUAAGCAUGGGAUGCGUCGAUUGGACAGAAUUAUGUGGGUGUCAGCAUUAUUACAACACAUAUAGGACAAAGUACGCGUCCGUUCUGUAAACCCAAUAUUCUGUUGAGUUGUCAAACUCAGACUGACAAAGAUGCCACCCAAGAGGAAAGCAGGCGGGGCGACCAAAGCUGGCGGUAAAAAGGCCAAAACCGCAGCUGCCACUGACCCCGGACCGUCCACUGUGCAGGACGCCAUCGCUAGUCUCAAGUCAGCUGACGCGGGCAAAACAAAGAAGUUCAAACCAGAUAGUGCCUUCCCCAUCUCGGGUUGUACGGUGUACAAGGACUACGAUUGUAUGCUGAACCAGACCAAUAUUGGUCACAACAACAACAAGUUCUAUGUGAUCCAGGUCCUGCAGCAGGGAUCAAAUUAUUAUGCCUGGAACAGGUGGGGCAGGGUGGGGGAUAGCGGUCUUAAUUCCAUGAAGGGACCCUUCCCAGAUGUAACUAAGGCUACUGCUGACUUUGAGAAGAAGUUUUCCGACAAAACCAAGAACAAGUGGGCCAACCGAGAGAACUUUGAGGCAAAGCCAGGAAAAUACACUAUGAUAGAAAUGGCAGGCGAGGAUGAGGAUGAGGUGGAUGCUGCGAUGGUACCUGCGGUCAGUGGUCCUACUGCCCCCUGCACACUGGACGCUGCGACCCAGACACUGAUGAAACUCAUAUUCGACCAUGACAUGUUUCAGGAAGCCAUGAAAAACUUCGACAUUGAUGUGAAGAAAAUGCCUCUUGGGAAGAUAAGUAAGAACCAGAUAGCCAAGGGCUUCGAAUGUCUGGAUGAGAUUGAGGCUAGCAUCAAGGCAAAGAAACCACGCAAUACUCUUGCAGCGCUCUCCUCCAAGUUCUAUACUCUUAUCCCUCACAACUUUGGUCGCAAGGUUCCACCAACAAUUGACGACCUGGAAACAGUUCGACAAAAGAUGGACAUGCUCCUGGUGUUGGGAGAUAUUGAGAUGGCACAAAGUCUGCAGAAGCAGUCAGGAGACAAGAAGUCUGCCGGAAAAGAACCUCAUCCACACGAUGUCAACUACAGCCUGCUCAAGUGUAAACUGGACCUUUUAGACAAAAAAUCAAAAGAAUACCAGAUCCUUGAGAAGUAUACAAACAACACACGUGGUGGAUACCGAUGUGCUCAAAUCAAACACAUUUGGAAAAUGGAUCGUGAUGGAGAGGGUGAUCGUUUCAAGAUCCAUGACAAGUUGACCAAUCGUAAACUGCUGUGGCAUGGAACCAAUGUGGCAGUGGUGGCAGCCAUCUGUAAAGGUGGCCUCCGUAUUAUGCCACAUAGUGGUGGCCGUGUAGGAAGUGGUAUCUACUUCGCUUCGGAGAACAGCAAGUCUGCCAGCUAUGUGCGACCAGCUGGUAACAUUGGGAUCAUGUUUCUGGACGAAGUUGUCCUUGGCAAGGAACACCACAUUGCUACGGACGACUGGACUCUGAAGGCAGCACCUCCAGGUUACGACUGUAUCAUAGCCAAGGGUCGAACAGAACCAGAUCCUACGAAAGAUACAACACUGACUAUUGAAGGAAAGAAGGUGACUGUACCCCAAGGCAGUGCACUCAGCCAGAAAAAGUACGCUUCUUCUAGCUUCUCUCAGAGCGAGUACUUGGUCUACAAAGAGAGUCAGAACCGUUUACGAUACUUGCUGAUGGUGCAAUUUUAGAUGGUAACCUUGAUAUGACCUCCACUGUGAUCUAAAUAUAGGAUUCAGUUAUGACUCCAGCAGUGACCUUGACUGGUGAACCUGGAUAUGACCUUUGUUGUGACCUUAAAAGUCAUACCUACGUGAUGUUAAGUGGAGAAUCGUACAACACCAAUUUUUCAUUGUUUAUUAACAUCUCUGGUUUCCACACUUACAAAAGAAUGGUAGUUAUGGGCACAGCAAACGUUUAACAGCUCCUCAUACAUGACUGCAUCCGAGCGCAAGUCUCUGUUUUACAGGCGUCGUGGUACCUAAUACCGGUACACUACUCAGAACUGGUGCAAAAGAACGGUAUUUACGGGUACAGCUACAUGACUGUAUCCGAGCGCGAGUUUCUGUUUUACAGGCGUCGUGGUACCUAAUACCGGUACACUACCCAGAACUGGUACAAAAGAACGGUAUUUAUGGGUACAGCUCCAUGACUGUAUCCGAGUGCAAGUCUCUGUUUUACAGGCGUCGUGGUACCUAAUACCGGUACACUUCUCAGAACUGGUGCAAAAGAACGGUAUUUACGGGUACAGCUACAUGACUGUAUCCGAGCGCGAGUUUCUGUAUUACAGGCGUUGUGGUACCUAAUACCGGUACACUACUCAGAACUGGUACAAAAGAACGGUAUUUAUGGGUACAGCUACAUGACUGUAUCCGAGUGCAAGUCUCUGUUUUACAGGCAUCGUGGUACCUAAUACCGGUACACUACUCAGAACUGGUGCAAAAGAACGGUAUUUACGGGUACAGUUACAUGACUGUAUCCGAGCGCGAGUUUCUGUUUUACAGGCGUCGUGGUACCUUAUACCGGUACACUACUCAGAACUGGUGCAAAAGAACGGUAUUUAUGGGUACAGCUACAUGACUGUAUCCGAGCGCGAGUUUCUUUUUUACAGGCGUCAUGGUACCUAAUACCGGUACACUACCCAGAACUGGUACAAAAGAACAGUAUUUAUGGGCACAGCAAAUGUUUAACAGCGCCACAUACACCACUGUAUCCUAGUGCAAGUCUCUGUUUUAAAGGUGUUGUGGUACCUAAUACCGGUACACAACUCGGAACUGGUACAAAAGAAUGGUAUUUAUGGGUACAGCUACAUGACUGUAUCCGAGCGCGAGUUUCUGUAUUACAGGCGUUGGGGUACCUAAUACCGGUACACUACUCAGAACUGGUACAAAAGAACGGUAUUUAUGGGUACAGCUACAUGACUGUAUCCGAGCGCAAGUCUCUGUUUUACAGGCGUCGUGGUACCUAAUACCGGUACACUACUGAGAACUGGUACAAAAGAACAGUAUUUAUGGGCACAGCAAAUGUUUAACAGCGCCACAUACAUCACUGUAUCCGAGUGCAAGUCUCUGUUUUACAGGUGUUGUGGCACCUAAUACCGGUACACUACUCAGAACUGGUGCAAAAGAACGGUAUUUACGGGUACAGCUACAUGACUGUAUCCGAGCGCGAGUUUCUGUAUUACAGGCGUCGGGGUACCUAAUACCGGUACACUACUCGGAACUUUGGGUCACUUGCUUAUAUUUAUAUUUAUAAAAGUGUAUGUGAUUGCAAACACCAUCAUCAUCAAAAUGUUUUAUUACAUUUCGGUUACAUACAACAAGUUUACAUGCAAAAUCAUCCUGUGUGAAUGAAAUUCAUGUAUUCAAGGUCAUCCUCUUUGUAACCUUGGGAUCAUGUGCCCCAGGUCAUAUUUACAAGGUCAUCUCAGUGGGGUCACAAGUGUUUUAUAGGUCAUCAGCAUACCCUGAGGUCAUGUGAUGAAGGUCAUGUUUACAGGGUUAUUCAUUAGUUGUUUCCACAAGAUAUUUUUUAACACCUUUUUAAUUGUAGAUGUGUUGAUUGUGUAGAAGAAAAAUUCAAUGUCUGAGAGAUUCUUGUGUGUUUUUGUUAGAGUGUCAUUACUUGUUUAUUAAAUCAAUCACCCAUGAAAUUUCAUAAUGAACUAUUCCAACCUUUGAAUUGGAAGAGUUCAAAUGUGUCUUCAGGGGUGAAUGAGUUAACAUAGUGAAAUAUGUUGAACUUUUGAAAACAAGAUUUGAUUUUAACCACAACUUUGGCAAUUUAGCGUUUAACAAAUUUUACUUCAUACAUUUUUAAUUUUUUUAAAACAUUUAUAAGUUUAUAUAUAUCUUAUUUAUUUUAACAACAAUUUUUACAUUUUAGCUUUGACAGCUAAUGACAAAAAUGAUUGUUCAUGCUACAAGUGCAUUGCUCAGGGGAGAGCACUCCUCUGAUAUGUACUAAGAGGAGAGCUCUUUUGUUUAACCCUUUCACCACUGUAGACCAUAAUGGACUCAUCCAGAUCAGUAUAUGGAAGAGUCUACUAAAGUUGCAUAGGGGUGAAAGGGUUAAAGAUCAAAACAUUAGUAUAUCUUCCUUUGUAUUUACAUAGAAUUCAUCUUCAAUUGCUAAUUAACUGCUAGUACUUUCCCUUUUGAACUGACGGAAGCACUCUCUCCUCUUAGCACUUAGCAAAAGGAGUGCUUUCCCCUGAAUCUAAGUUAAUUCACAUUCGCCCCUGAAAUUUCAUAAUGAACUAUUCCAACCUUUGAAUUGGAAGAGUUCAAACAUGUUUUUAGGGGUGAAUGAGUUAAUGUAAUGACUUGUAGUAUGUCUGAACAAGAUGAGCAAUAUACUUUAAUAAUUUAAUUUAUUGCAUUAUUUUAAAAAUAGAAACCCCUAUUGUGAUAUAAUAAAUUUCUGUGCUUUCUUUAUUAAUGCAUGUUAUAUUUACCAACAAACAUAUUUUCUGAAUACUUUUCAGUGGUUUUAUUUAUAUAUUGUUAUUAAUUUUAAGAAUUUUUCUUCAAAAUUAUACAAGAUUUUGAAAAGAAAUGUUGUCUAUGCUCAAAAAAGCAUAGGUUGAUUCUAUUAUUAUUUUUUUAAACAUGUUCUCAUAUCAGUGAUACUGAAUAUUAAUUGGUUGGUUCUUUUACCGCCAAUACAUAAGGUCAUCCAGGGUAAAAAAAGCAUAAGAUUAAGUAAGUAAAUUGAUCUUCUAGGUCAAACAUCUUAUCAAGUAUGCGGAUAUUCAGAUAUAUGUGAAUAAUCUAAAUAAAGUGUGAGAUUACUGGUAUACGAGUUCAUGUACAACCAAAAUAAUGUUCAGUUCAAAAAAAUAAAAAUGUGUGCGAACUGCAGUAGGAGAGUUAUCUCCCUUUGAGCAGCGCAGCUCAUUCAUUCUCUUUUAGAUCCUUGACCAUGGAACAACUGACAUAUGAGUGCAGUUUCUCUGUAUAUCUCCUGUGGUGUGAUAGCUCUGAGCUGUAGUAGUAAAACUGUGUGUGAGACACAUCUGUAACACGUAUAGAAGUCUGAGUAACUAGUGUAGAAACUGUCUGUGAGUCAGCUGUCAUACCUGAAAAAAUGACAAUCUCCAUUUAUUUCAGUAGAAGUUUACUGAUUUUUCUUCACAUUAUUUACUGGUAAAUAAAUUUCAUCUUUUUAUUUGUA